AUGCCAUUAUGCGAUCUUUGCCAGUCGGUCGACGUCCUCGACAUCCCUAAGCUACCACCCGAUUACAAGAUCCAUACUAUCACUCGACGCGACUACCCGUGCCUAGUCCAAAUCAGUAGCCAACCUCUCAGGGACCUCUGGAAGAACAAGCAAGACUGUCCGAAAGAUCAAGAACCCAUCGGCAUACCCUUCCACCAAUCUAUCGAAGACCUCGAAGCCGCCGCUGCCGAUGACUGCGCAAUCUGCAAGACCGUACAGCACGAUGUCGCGCAGUUUCAAUCCGACUUCAGUGGGGCGAAGAAGGAACCUGGAAUUCGUGCCGAGCGUGGCGGAGGACCGGAUUGGAAGAUGUGUCUCGCUAGGGGUGUGAAUGAUACCGGAGGUUUCAUGGUGGUGUCGGUCGAUACAAAGUAUUGGUACGGCGAUCCGUUGGCCGCUGUCGUUCGAGGUCGCAAAACACUCUCCUCAUCGCCGCAUACACUUGCACAUGCCCUGAACUGGGUACGCGAUUGCGAAAAACAACGGACGGAUCGGCGCUGUCAUGUCGAUACGGCACCUCUUCCAGCUCGUGUCUUGGAUAUACGAGACUCGACGCCGCACAGAGUAGCUCUUUAUGCGCCCGCCGAAGGAGAACUGGGACGGUACGCAGCACUGAGUUAUGUCUGGGGCGAUUCAAGCCCAUUCGCAACCACACGUGCCAAUAUCGAAGCCAACAAGAGGGGUAUCGAUACCGACCAGCUCCCAAAGACGUUUCAGGACGCCAUUCUCAUAGCCAGAGAAAUGGGAAUCGGAUAUCUAUGGAUCGACUCCCUCUGUAUCUGCCAAGACGACUCAGAAGACUGGUCGCGCGAAACAUCUCGCAUGGCCUCGGUCUACUCAAACGCCUACAUCAUGCUCUCCGCAACCGGUUCUCCAUCUUCUGCAUCCGGUCUCACCAUUUUCUCUCACAACCGCCCCGCACCCAUCUACUCCCCUUUCGAAUACACAACCACAGACGGUAUCAAAGGAAUCCUCCACGCCUUCUCCUCCUCCCGCGAAACAGCCGCAAAGCCCUCCUGGGCCGGAAACAACGCACUGCUAAAGACCGAACCACUCAGCCAACGCGGCUGGGCGUUGCAAGAACGCUGGCUCGCACCGCGUGUGCUACAUUUCGGCACGGAGCAGAUGUUCUUCGAGUGCUACUGUUCUUUCCUGAGCGAGCAUGGUUUCUACCUGCCAGGACGAGGGGAUACUCUUUUCCCAACUACAUGCCGUACCUUCCCAUCCCACACCCACCCUUCCUCUCCGGAUAAACCUAUCCCAGACAACCCCACGCUACAUUGGCAUGCAGUCCUCGACGCCUACUCCCGCCGUUCUCUAACCAAACCUUCGGAUAAACUGCCCGCCCUCUCUGGCCUCGCACGCACCUACGCUUCCUUGCUCCCUUCUCCAACCACUUACCUCGCGGGACACUGGUCCCCAACCUUACUUCACGAUCUCAUCUGGCAAGCCGUCGGCACGACAACCGCACCAGCAGUAUACCGCGCACCGAGCUGGUCCUGGGCCGCCAUCGACGGGCCGUUCGGCCUCUUCAGCCCGAAUUCGGGUGUGGGGUGGGACAAAGGGGAAUGGACCGCUUUAGCCAAGAUCCACGCUACGAGUAUCACAUUGAAGAGCGCUCAGAAUCCUUUCGGCGAGGUAAAAGACGGGUACAUAGACAUUAGCGCGCCGCUGGAACGCUUGUACCCUGCGCCCGAACAGAGAGAAGGUGAGGGCGAUGUUUUUCCGAAUCGGCAGAAGGGUGCUGUGGCGCAGACGAAGGAGAAACUAGAGGGGGACAUGGAGGCUACGUAUACUUGUUUCGACACGCAGACGCAUACGGAGAGGGCGAGGGGGAGGGAGUUGUGGGCUGCGAUACUGUGGAAACAUGUAAGGCCUGCGGAGAUGGGGAGAGAGGCGAGUUAUCAUGCGAUUAUUGUGGCGAGGGUGGAGGGGAGGGAGGGGAAUGUGUAUGAGAGGUUGGGUAAAGUUCCUUUUUCAGCGAAGGACUUGGGGGUGUGUGAGUGGAUGGAUGAUGGGGGGUUGGUGGAGAGGUUUACUUUGGUGUGA